GUAACAAUUCGCUAAUGUGUGCGCGCGCAAGCUGGUUUCUAUUUAUAGCACAGGGAAAUCCCCCAACAUGGUGCGAGAAACGAAAACGAUUGGACAUGGAGAUGCUCCUGUUCCGACCCCUCACCAGAUGCCAACAGUUAAAAACAUUGUUGUUUACGAUUCCACACGGCAAGUAGAGAACUGGGAGUUGGCCUGGGUGGCUCAGAAAAUCUGUGAUACACCGGAUACUCAACAGUGGCUCUACAGGAUGACAUCUGUCCUUGGGAAUCGGGAUUACCAGGAUGUGGAGAGGAACGUGAAGGAUUGGGACAUGGUCGAGAAACUGUACCGCUUCAUGCUGCGUUGGAAACGGAAAGAGCAGAGGGGACUGUUACAGCUCAAAAAACUGGCCGAGAAACUGCGCUCCAUAAAUCACGAAGAAAUCGCUGAAAUGUUAGAACCAUAAACUAUGCUUCAUAAAUCACGAUGAAAUCGCUGAAAUGUUAGAACUAUCAUAAGAUAUCAUUGUAGUUAUUGUUCUACAAACUGCUUGUGAAAUCUGGUGUAUAAAUGGACUCGUGUUUGUCAGUUCGAGAUAAUGAGGUUUGACUGUAUUUAUAGUGUGAUACUCAAGUUCCCCUCAGUUGAAUUACAGUGCGUGAAUGUACUAAAACUUUAAAGAUACCAGUAUUGUAGUAUUCAGUCUCCACAUUCACCAUUAAAUCAUUGCUUUCUGAAAAAUUAAUAGCACAUUGAUAGAAUUUCAACUAAAGAGAAUGGUAGUUCAUUACGUGCGUGAAUUAACAGAAAAAGUUUAAUUCCAUUGAUGUUGUAUCUCUUUCUGUUAAUAAUGGCAUUGUACUUAGACUGUACUUGAAUUCUGUUAAAGCUUGUUCUGAAGAAACCUAUAAAUAAAAUCUUUACAUUGACCAAUGAUAUGUCUAUAAUUAUCACUAUGAUUUGUCUGUAAUUAUCUCUAUAAUUUUUGUCAUUUACAGACACCAGUAUAUGUACAAUAUCAUUAUUAUCAUGAGUAUGUAACACUAUUGCUAUGCCAUGUCAUUACUAUCAUCAUUGUUAUUUGUUUUACACAUGGGAAGUAACCAUUACUUGUUGAUAUGUUGCACCAAUAAAGAAUUUGAAUAAAAUUUCAAUGAAAGGUAA